UAUAAUGAGAAAUUGGAUAUGUUGGUUACUUUACAAGCAGAAUUGGCUAAUGAAAUUAAUGAUAUGCCUCAAUCAAAAUCUCUUAUAAUAAGGUCUUAUACACAAGCUUAUGAAAAAAGAAGGUUUGAAAUUAGAGAUAUUUUUGCUAUUAAAAACUCAGAAAUGAAAGUACAGAAGUGA